AUCAGCUUCCUUUUUCUGUGUGAUGUCAACUGCAGAGCAUGGUUUCGGAAACCCUUUGCGAGCAAGCCCACGUCAUCAAGCGGCAGAGGGGGUGGAUUGGAAAUUGCCCAGCUCCAGGCAGGCUCACCAGCCCCCCUCCUCUCCAGCCAAAGGCCGCCUGCAGCCCGGUAACACCGGGCCACACGAGAGGAGUCCCAGCCCAUCGAGUCCAGGCUCGCUGCAGGGGAGAGGAGUCUGCGUGGAGCGUUCCCCGCCCCUGGGCUGAGCGCUGGGAGCUGCCGGAUGUGUCGGAGGCGCUGGGAGCCGAGCUGGUUCCUUGGAGUCCCCGCCGCGCUGGGUGGGAGCUGGAGGCGUGGGUGAUAACGGGAACUAGCUACUGCGUGGCUGGGGGCGGCCUUUGUUCCUGCCGUGUCUGCGCAGCGCCGGCUCCUUCUCCCCCAUGUGUACGUAUGUGGCUUCCCAGUAACAUCUGACCGGCAGCUAACGCUAGAGGAGGAGCUCGCGGCAGCCGCAGGUGAGCUAACCCCGCACGCCGCGCCGGCAAGCCUUCCACCCUCACCAGCUUUUUGGUGCCCUUGUCUAGCUGUUCUGGGGGACAGCGGGAUUAUGUAUCAGAGCCCUGCUAGGUCCCUGUGUUCGGCCCUGUCCACUCUCUGCUGUGCCCCUUGCACCACCACCGCCUCCUCCUCCUCGUCGUCCCUGCUGCUGCUCCGAUCUCCUGUUCCGGUGAAGAGAGCCCUUUCCCCGCCUGCCCUCCUUGGCUCUUCCUCCUCUGCCGCGCCUCGCUGUGGUUGCUGUCACCAAGGGGCCUCGGCCGGCCAGUGCUCUGCAGCGGUAGGUCCAGGUGUUGCGAGUUCCCGAGCAGCGUGUUCCAUGGGAAACAGUACGAGCAGGCUAUAUAGCGCGCUUGCUAAGACGUUGAAUAGCAGUGCUGCCUCCCAGCAUCGGGAAUACUUGGAACAGUCAGACUCUGAGCAGGUGGAUCCCAUAGAUCCUAAAGAGCUGCUUCAGGAAUGCCAGGCAGUUCUUCAAAAACGCCCUCCCCGACUCCAGAGAGACUUUGUGGACCUGAGGGCAGAUUCUGCCAGCACCCAUCGUCCCAUUAGGGUCAUGCAGUGGAACAUUCUUGCGCAAGCUCUUGGAGAAGGCAAGGACAACUUCAUUCAGUGCCCCAUGGAAGCUCUCAAGUGGGAAGAAAGGAAGUGCCUCAUUCUGGAGGAAAUCCUUGCAUACCAACCAGACAUUUUGUGCUUGCAAGAAGUGGACCAUUAUUUUGAUACCUUUCAGCCACUCCUUAGUCGGCUAGGCUACCAGUGUACUUUCUUCCCUAAGCCAUGGUCCCCCUGUUUAGAUGUGGAACAUAACAAUGGACCAGAUGGCUGUGCCUUGUUUUUUCUCAAGGACCGCUUUACAUUGACCAACAGUGUUAAUAUCCGUCUGACGGCAAUGAAGCUAAAAACCAACCAAGUGGCCAUAGCCCAGACGCUGAGAUGCAGUGAAACUGGGAAGCUGUUCUGCAUUGCAGUCACUCAUCUGAAAGCCCGUACCGGUUGGGAGAGAUUUCGAUCAGCACAAGGCUGCGAUCUUCUACAGAACCUAAAAAAUAUUACCCAAGGAGCAGAGAUCCCUCUAAUAAUUUGUGGAGACUUCAAUGCAGAGCCCACCGAAGAAGUUUACAAGGAAUUCUCUAAUUCCAGUCUCAACCUGAAUAGUGCUUACAAGCUGCUGAGUGUAGAUGGGCAAUCAGAGCCUCCUUAUACUACAUGGAAGAUCCGGCCCUCUGGAGAGUGCAGGCACACACUGGAUUAUAUCUGGUAUUCCCAGCAUGCCUUAAAUGUAAACUCUGCUCUUGGCCUGCUGACUGAAGAACAAAUUGGACCCAACAGGCUGCCAUCCUUCAAUUACCCUUCAGACCACCUGUCUUUGGUGUGUGACUUCAGCUUUAAUCAAGACCCUGACAGACUUUUAUAACUUGUUUAAACUCCAUAUGGUAUUGCAGUGUCUUAACUUGCCAUUUUUAAGGAAACUUUUGAUGAGGUUGGAUUUACUUAAGGAUGGGGGUAUAUGGAUGACUUAAUAUAUUUUCAGGCAUGUACUUGGAAGUAACUUUGAUAUUCAAACCUUAUAAUUUGAAGCCUCCAAAGGAGGGGAAAGGAGUUGACUGCCAGUUUUUGAGUUGCGAUGGUUUUGUUCAAUGUGUGCUCUGCCACAUCUUACUUUGAAAGUUGGAGGGGAAACUCCAUUCUUUCUCCUUUCAUUAACUCCUUUGUCUAAGGACUGGAUCAAUCCUGAAAUGAAUGUUCAGGCCUUAAGUUCUCAAGCUAAGAAUUCAGUGAAUAUAUAAACAAACAAAAUUAGCAUGCUGUCAGGGCAAGUUUUAAUGUUUCCCCUUGGUGCACACACCAGGGUAAGAAGCUUGACUAUAUAAGUGUUUUUAUUUAUUUUUAUAUUGAUGUGUAAGCAAUGCAAUUGACCAAGUUGUGUGAAGUCUAAAUGUAGGAAACUGAAUACAUUUCAGACACCACAAGCAAAUCUAGGAAGGCCCUAGUAAUUCUGAAAUGAUUUUCAGAUGGGAGAAUUAAUCUGUGUUUUAAGAACUGAUAGGAGCUUCCAUAGAGCAUGUAAUGUGAUGCAAAGCCUACUCCCAGUAGAAGUGCCUAAGAGAGGAGACUUGACCAUAGUGUAUGAUGUAGUAGCCCCUUCAGUUCUGCAGAAAAUGUGCCUGCAUCAAUGCAUAUAUGGCCUAUAGAGAGACAAAGCUGGAACUCCUAUCUUCCCUGCACUUCCUUUCAAAGGACACACUUAAUCCAGGAAUAUUUUGCCUGUCAGUUUAGUGCCACACAUUGCGGAACGGUUUAAAUUUAGAGUCUUAUUUAGUCUUGUCAUAGUUCUACUAACUGUUUGGAUAAAGGUCUGAUCUUCAUGUUAAGCCCCACUCCCCCUGCCUUUUUUUGUGUAUGUAGCAUUGUAUUUUGAAGACUUAACACUGACAUUUUUAGAAAAUGAUAAACUUAAUGUAUUGAGAGGGACUGAUGGCUCUGCCUCUGCCAUUAUAAAACACAGGACAAAAAGGGUUGGCAGCAGUCCUGAGUUGCUCUUUUCUGUGGGUAACUGGAACUCUAGCAAUGCAUUUGAACUAUGGGAGGGAGAAAAAUAUUAAUAUAAGCAGCUCUUGCCAGCCUUGGGGAGUGCUUUUCUUCACCAAGAAGGUCCUGUAGCUAUGGGUUGUGAAUACAGCAGUGAUGGUUUUUGUUAAAGUAGGGGUGGGAAGGGGGGGAAUGGUGGCUGGAGUGGGGAAGCCAUGGGGCUGACUUUCAGGGUGGUUGGGGGGAAAAGGAACCACACGUAGGGCAAUUCCAAGCUAAAGCAGUAUUUCAGUUCAAGUAACGUUACUGGCCCAUUAUGAAUUGUAAGUGUUCCAGAUACAUUAAUAAAUGGUCUUUUAAAAAUAA